AUGUUUGGAAUAGAUGAAAACGAAGCGAAAGCUCUUUCGAAUGAAUACAACUUCGGCCCAUUAGAGUCAGAGAACAGUCAAACUAAUUUACAGAGGGACACAAAUAUGAUCCAAGUUUCGCAUCAUCAAGAGGAAAUCAAAGAAGAGGAUUCUGAAGCUUUCUCGCCAAAGAAUACUGGCGAUAAUAUGCAAAACUGUGCAUAUUACUAUAAUAUAAAUAGUGACGGGCCUAAGACUUCACCCAAGUCCUCAUCAGCGGCCAAUAUAAAAAAUGGAGGUAAAAAAACUGUGAACAAGUUGACUUCAAUGAUGGCAAAACUUGGUUCUAAAGCAGAAUCGAAGGUUAUUUCUGAUGAGGAAAAAACACGUGUUUCACUUGAGCGACGAUGGAAAAGAACUUUGGCUGAAGAAGAGCGCCUUAAUGAACUGGAGAGACGUUUGGAUGAGGCUGAGCAACAAAAUCACGGGUUAGCUCUCGAGCCAAAUUUUCCUCCAAGGUUUUUAUGUUUAAGACCUGUAGUAUACUAUAGCUUAGAUCAGGUUCCUGAUUCACGAAGAAGAGUUGUUUACAUGGCGUACUGGAAUUGGAUUGCUCUUAUUAUUUUAUUAGUUCUAAGCGCUAUUGUAUCGAUUGCUGUUCAAUAUACACCUUUGAAACGUGGUAAGGUUAAUAAAAUCGAUAAAACAGCGAACAUUAUUUUUGCUUUGUUGUCUCUUUUUGGUAUCCCGUUAAGUUUCUUUGUUUGGUUCUGGCCUGUUUAUCGAUCUUGUUCAACUGGAAAUCCAUCGAAGUAUCAUAUGACAUUUUUAGGACUUACUAUUGCACUUGCCCACGCGCUUCUUGAGUUUUUUGGUCCUCUCAGUUUUGGUAUGUCUGGCAUUAUUUUGUCUCUCCAUAUCAGUCAAUCUCGUGGCCUACUAUGUGCAAUACCUGUUGUUAUUUUGCUUUUCCUUUGGUUAUUUGAAUCUAUCGUACUUUUUUUCAUUAUAAUUAAGAUAUUUAUUUUCUACCGUAAAGAUUUAGAUGCGCGGAGGAUACUUCGUCGACAAGUCUCUAACGUUGUUGGACUAUAA